AUGGCAAGUUUAAUCACAGCUGCCACAAAGGUUGGUCAUGUUAGAGUUGGAAUUUCCAGAAGAAGCACUUGGAAUCCUAGGCUGUUUGUGGCUGGAGCCCCAAGAUUUAUUCAGGCGGGAAAAUUCAAUAGAAACCAAUUAUCAGUUGUUACGUUAGGUUUGCGAGAGAAAGUUUGUGAGAUUCGUUUGUCAGUCAUUAAGAAACCCAAGGUGGCAAGCAUUGGUGCAGCCUUGGAAACAAAGCUCGUGGGUGGCGAGCAUUUACGCAACCUUGGAAACGAAGAUGAAUCAAAAUGCAAAGAAAUGGCUGGACAGGUGGGUGAAACAGCACAGGAUGUUUCUGAGAAGGCAAAACAAACACUGGAAGGACCAUGGGGUUCAGCUAAGGAUACAACUCAGAAAGCUAAAGAAUCAUUGAUGGGCAAUGCUGAAGCGUCCAAGGAAACCGUCAAACAACAUGCUGAGGAAGUGAAGAAAAACAUGAACAUGAAGAACUGA